AAAACUGGUAGCAUUGAUAGCACUCGGUUUAGUUCAUGUGAAUCGUCCGGUAGUUGAACAACAUAAAAGAAAUGGCGAUUGCAGCAAAGCUUCUCACUAUAGUCAGCUUAAUUUAUCUCAUUUCCACUUCACACGCGAGGGACUACAAGUGCACGUACGAUGAAGAUGAGCUGUGUGUAUUUCGUGGUGUUCAGUUAAAGUCACCUGAUCAAUUUACUGCAACAUCCUUCUCUGCAAACGGAAAGCCUCCUCGAGAAGUUAAAUUUGAACUGUCUUCGAUGACUUCAGUGCCAGUCGGAGUAUUCCAAGCGUUCCCAAACGUUGAACUACUCGAUGUCAGCUUCAGUGGCAUGAAAAACCUACCUAAAGGUUCAUUCGCUUCUGCCAAUAACGUCAGGGAAGUCAACGUAAUCGGGAACAAAAUUCAACUGUUGGAAAAUAAUCUCUUCGAAGGAGCAGCUAAGAUUAACAGCUUUGACGCCUCGCAAAAUAGCAUCAGUGAAAUUCAGGAAAACGCAUUCAACGGAUUGAGUCAACUAACAGUACUGAAGCUGGAUAACAAUCAAAUUACAACGCUUCCAAACGGGGUUUUCACUCCAUUGAUGUCACUGGAAAGUGCUGAUUUACAGCAUAAUUCUCUAUCCAAAAUUGAUGACUCACUAUUUGAAAGCUGCACAUCUCUAGUCUCCCUGAACGUUUCUCACAAUGCUCUUCAAAAGUUUGAGCUAAAACAAUUCCAACGAGAAUGGUCCGUGGACUCCAUCGACAUAAGCUUCAACCGGCUCAAAGCAGUCAGCAUACCCAAUAAUCUCAAAAAACUCGUUGCAUCGAACAAUCAACUGCAAUCGGUUCAAGUUCUAGGAAAGGACCCCCAGCUUAUAUUCCUCCGUUUAUCUCACAAUAAACUUACAAGCAUGGACCAGAUACCCAGCUUCAACAAAAUCGUAACCCUAGACCUUUCAUACAAUGACAUAGAGACAGUUGAUUUUAGCUCAGUGACCAAGUUCAAGAACCUGAUUUUGCUUAAAUUGGACGGCAAUCGACUGUCAACGGUAUCUAACUCGCUUACCACCGAUUGGACCUACCUGAAAUACGUUCAUUUAUCACAUAAUCAAUUGACUCAGUUGAAUUUGGACGUGCUCAAGACCCUGCCAAGGAUUAUCACGCUGAAUUUGAGUUACAAUAGGCUAACCGAACUGCAAGCUAAGGAUAUCAGUGAUAAUUUCCAGGUCAUGGUGCGGUUGAUGAUUCAAGGAAACGAUUUCAAGUGCGAUAAUAUUGCUGCUCUGGUGAAGGAUCUCAAAUAUGCCAUGGCUGAACACAAGGUUACCGUUGAUCAGUGCAAACGAGGUCAACGGUUGAUGAGUGGAAUUUGUUGUUCGUAAGUUGUGAGCAUAGAGCAGUUUGUUUUCUACGUUGU